AUGUCUGAGAAUAUCUAAAAUAGAGUGUCUUCUAUCUUUGAGAAAUUAAACAACAUUUCCUCUAGUGUUCAGGAUGAAAAGAACAAUCGUUUUCAUGCAAUCAGUUAAUUGAUCAUGGCUUUUGAAGCAUAAUUACAACAUUAGUCCGAUUAAAAGGAGGAGAAGUUUACUUACAUUGCUGCCAAAGUCAGACAGAUAACUGAAUUUUUAGAAUAAGAACAGGAGAAUCGCGAAAGACAAGAAACAGAAACAUUCAAAUUAAUUACAGACUUGGAAAGGCAUGCAAGAAGAUUGAUUGAAUAAAACUCUAAAGAGAGAGUAGAGUAAGAAAAAAAGGUUGUGUAUUCAAUUGGAUAAUAAAUUGAAUCCUUGCAAUAGGAUGUAACUAAAGAAGGAUUGGCAUAAUCAAUAUCUCAUGAAUAUAUUGAUUCUUAUUUGAAUGAAGAUUUACCAAAAAUUGCUGAUGAAUUGUAAAAUGAAAUCACAGAAAGAAAGGAUGUAGAGGAAAACAUUUAUCAUUAAUUUGUCGAAUAGUUAAAUGAUUUAAGAUCACUAUUUGAAAAAGAAAAAAAAGAGAGAGAAAUAAAAGAAGAGGAAAUUGUGGAAAGUUUAAGAGAGAUCUCAAAUAGAAUCUAAGAGUAAUUGAGAAAAACAAGAGGAGAAAGGGAAAAGACAGAGGAGACAUUAGUCACAUUAGUUGAAAAAGUUAUUGAAAAACUGAAAAGAGAAAUGUUAGAAAUGAAUUUAUGA